AUGCACGGUCAUUUCAUUCUUAUUGUCUUGUGGGCUGUUGUGGUAUCAAUGAUACAUGAUGGAACACAACUUUGUUCAGGUUGCUUUCUAGAAGAAAAACUUGCUCUCUUAGACUUCAAAGCUUCCUUGAAUAUGACAGAACAUGCUCAUCUUGUCCUUCCCUCAUGGAUUGGAAAAGAAGGUGAUGGAGCAAACACUGAUUGCUGCAACUGGGAACGGGUCAAGUGCAGUAAUAUUACUGGGAGAAUUGUUGAGCUCCAACUUAGUAAAUUGAGAAAACAUGGGGAAUCCUAUGAUUCUUAUUAUCAGGAUUGGUAUCUAAAUAUUAGCACCUUCAUACCCCUGAAGGACCUCCGAGCUCUAGACUUGAGUUGGAAUGACUUCAAUAGUGAAGUGACAAGUACAGUCAUAAUCAAGAUUAGUGAGGCAUAUAGGAUGGAUAUCUUCAGUCAAUGCAGGACACCAGAGUGUGACAAAUUUUACAUCCUUUUAUUUGGGGCCGAAUAUCGAAAGCUUCUUAUUGUUAAGGGCCCUUUGCUUGAUGCUGCAGGUUGCUGGAGUUGGGCUAAGUUGCAAAAUCUCGAAUCUUUGUACCUCGAUGAUAACAACUUCAACAAUAGUAUAAUUCUAUGUAUAACUGCAAUUACUGAACUUAAAAUGCUGUCUCUUUCUGAUUUGUCUUACUUAGAGGCAUCGUUUCCUUUAGAAGAAUUCAAUCGUCUGGAAAAAUUGGAGCUUCUUGACUUAAGCUUUACUCAAUUUUCUGGUUCAUUGUCCUUUAAAGAAUUGAAGCUGGAAAACUUGAAGGUGCUCAAUCUUGGAGAUACAUUGUUCAGCCAACUCACAGCGAUUGAGGUUUUAACUUCUCUCAAAGCGUUAUCUUUGAGAGCUAUUGGUACUAAUGAUUCCUCCAUUCUUCAAGGUAACAACAACUUGACAUAUCUACGAUUUCUUGAUCUCUCUUAUAAUCAUUUUAGUGGGAACAUACCUGCAGCUCUCAUUGCUCCUCUCGUACACCUUGAGUAUAUCUCUCUCUCUGGCAACCUUUUUGGAGGUUCUUUUUCUUUCAGUUCUUUGGCCAACCAUUCGAGGCUUCAGGUGUUCAAAGUUGUAUCUUUAAACAAUGAUUUACAAGUCGACACUGAAGAUCUUGCUCUUCCCCCACCAUUUCAGCUAAAGGUUCUCUAUUUAUCUGGUUGUAGCUUGAACAAUCGGACUCAAAGAAUCCCAAGUUUUCUACUCCAUCAGAAAGAGAUAUAUGUUCUUGAUCUUUCUUCCAAUAAGUUAGUUGGGGAGAUUCCCACUUGGUUGCUGGAAAAUAACACACAAUUACAAUCUCUUAAUCUGCAGGAUAACUCUUUUAUGGGUUCGUUUCUAGUGGAUAGCUCUCCAAAAGUAAAUCUAAUCCUGUUAGACAUCUCAAACAAUGAGGUUAGUGGUCAGGUUCCUCACCAUAUGGGUUCAACUUUUCCAUCUCUGAGGAUCUUGAAUUUGUCAAGAAAUUGCUUUGAAGGCAAUAUCCCCCAAUCACUAGGAAACUUGAUAGAAAUAUGGUCAAUAGAUUUGUCUUACAACAGGCUGUCAGGGGAAGUGCCAGAAGAAAUUGCAACUGGAUGCUCCUCGCUUAUGAACCUAGUAUUGUCGUAUAACAAUCUGGAUGGAAAUUUCCCUUCUACGUUCAUGAACAUUUCAAACCUAUACAUCCUUUAUUUGGAUAGUAACUAUUUCACUGGGCGUAUAUCUUAUGCAUUAUCUCCUAGUGUAAGUGUACGUUAUCUGGACUUUUCAUAUAAUGGUUUUCAGGGCAGAAUUCCUAGUUUGAUUGGAAAUUGUUCAUCAUUGAUAUCUCUUGAUAUGUCAGCCAACUUACUAGAAGGGAGCUUACCAGAUGCUAUAUGCAAACUUUCACAACUUGAAUUUUUAGACCUCUCCAAAAAUCAGUUGAUCGGACCUUUACCAGCUUGCUCCCAACUUACAUCAUUCAAGUUCCUCCACCUGCAUCACAACAUGAUCUCAGGUUCCAUCUUAACGAUGCUGUCUGGAAGCUUCAAUUUGAGGACACUUGAUUUGAGGAAUAACAAGCUAUCUGGUGGUAUACCACGCUUUACUGAUAAACUUAAAAAGCUCAGGGUUCUUCUGCUGGGGGGGAAUGAACUGCAAGGUCAUAUUCCAUUGCACUUAUGUCAGCUGCAGAAACUAACAAUUAUGGAUCUUUCUCAGAAUAAAUUUUCUGGGCCACUACCUUCAUGCUUUAGUAACAUCUCUUUUGGCAGAGGGCAGUUUGACACAGAUGCCUUUCUUACCAAUGGGGAGCUUGUUACAAAGGGAAACUCAAUGGGAUACAAUAAAUCUAAUUCCUUGGGUAUUGAGGAGUACACGUUUGACAUUUUGUUAGAUUCUCCCAAGGAAGAAGAAGUGGAUUUCACAACAAAAAGUAGAGCAGAACGCUAUGCAGGGAAUAUAUUAAAUUUCAUGUCUGGACUUGAUUUGUCAUGUAACCAAUUGAUUGGAACGAUUCCUCCUGAAUUUGGUGAUCUCAGACAUAUCCGGGCAUUAAAUUUAUUCCACAACUACUUGCAAGGAUCUAUUCCCUCAAGACUUUCCAUGUUGAACCAAAUAGAGAGCUUGGAUCUUUCUUACAACAAUUUGAGUGGUGAAAUACCUUCAGACCUAGCAUCAUUGACUACCUUGUCCAUCUUCAAUGUGUCAUUCAAUAACUUGUUUGGCAGGGUGCCUGAUACAUGGCAGUUUGCAAACUUCGACGAAAGUAAUUAUAGAGGAAAUCCAGGUCUCUGUGGACCAUUGCUCAAGAGAAGUUGUAACCCCUUUGCUCCACACCCUGAAAAUGUUGGUGAUCAAGACAUAGAAGUUGAUGGUGCAAUUGAUGUCGCAGCAUUCACCUGGAGCUUUUUUGCUUCAUAUAUGGUGAUCGUGAUUUCAUUAGUGGUAAUUCUUUGUGUUAGCCCUUAUUAUAGAAGAGCAUGGUCUUUUUAUAUUGAUUAUUGGAUUCUAUCGAGAUUCUACGAGUAUUACAGGUCUCGCUCCUCAGAGAAAAAACAAACAUGGAAAGUGUUUAAUUGGAACAUGAGAAGGAGAUGA